UAGUUUAUAGGAAAUUAGGAAUGAAGACAUUGAUUGCAUAUUUAAUUACCUCUAUAUUCAUAAAUUAGUUUUAUAUUCUUAAACAUUCAGUUCACUUCGAUCAGCUGAGUUCAGUUAAUCAAAAUAGGCCCUAAAUAUUUUUUUUUUUUUUAGUGUGCCAAUUGCCAUGAUUCAGGACAUUCAGGUGAACAAGGUUAGGUGUGGGCCCUUAUUUUGUUUGAUACCCGUUUUUCUUCUCUGACUGCCCAUUUUUGGAAUAUAUAUACUAACGUAUGACUGUUAAAAUGUCUACCCAAUAAUAGUUGAGUGUUAGCACUCUAUGGUUGAUUAAUUCGGUAGGCAUGCUCUUAAUUACACAUUAAGUCGCAAUUACUCUCCUUUAUUGUGGCCAUUUCUUGUCUUGAUGGCUAACCUUUUUCCUUCAUAUAUUGCUAUAUAAACUGCCAUUAUGUAAACACACAAGACAUUGGUUCACCACGACUUGGCAAUUUUAGUUUUAUAUACUUCACAACAUCAAAAUAAGUAUUUAUUAUCAUUUUAUUUGCUUACUUAUUACUAUAUUUAUAUCGUUACAAAAAAUCUCACAGUAUAGUAAUUUACUACGUGCCUAACAUGGAAGGCUCAAUUCCAGUAAUAGAUGUACUCAAAGUUGAAAGAAAGCCAAAAAAAUUAAGGGAAGUUGGUGAAAAAUGGGGUUGUUUUAGAGUGGUAAAUCAUGGGAUACCCCUUAAAUUAAUGGGAGAAAUGAAAUCAGUAGUAGAACAACUGCUCGAUCUUCCUCUUGAAAUCAAACAGCGGAAUGUAGAUGUAAUCCCAGGGACUGGGUACUUAGCUCCAUCCGAAAAGAACCCACUUUAUGAAUCCUUGGGACUUUUCGACGUUGCUUCGUCGGCCUCGGUCUCUAACUUUUGCUCUCAGCUUCGAGUUUCUUCACAACAAAGGGAGAUAAUAGAGAGUUAUGCUGAAGCAAUGUACGAGUUUUCGAUCGAUAUGGCAAGAAAAAUGGCGAAAAGCAUGGGCGUCGAAGAUUACAAUUUCGAAGGUUGGAGUUGUACAUUGAGGAUGAAUAAAUACAACUUCACUCCAGAAAGUAUAGGCUCCUCAGGAGUACAGAACCACACAGAUUCUGGAUUUCUAACAAUUCUUCAAGAUGAUGAAAAUAUUGGUGGACUCCAAGUUAUGAAUGAAACGGGUAAAUAUGUUGCUGCUGAUUACUUACCAGGAACUCUUGUUGUUAAUUUUGGAGACGCUGCAACACUAUGGAGCAACGGGAUUCUACGCAAUGUGCAACAUCGAGUUCAAUGCAAGGGUGCAGGGAUACGUAUGUCAAUUGCAACAUUUCUUUCACCACCACAUGACCAAGUAAUCGAAUCACUUCCAAACUUUGUUGAUGCCGACCAACCUCCCAUUUACGGUCCUAUUACGUUUGAAGCGUUAAGAGGUCUUCGUGUGUCAAAGAACCUGCGGGCAGGGGAAGCCCUACAAUUAAUACGUCUUCACAAUACAAAGAGUAUUUAAAUGUUUUUUUUUUUUUGUAAUUUUUUCCUAUUUUCUUCCUCGUUAAACGACUUGUAUUAAUUUUUACAGUACUCCGUAUUAUUUAAUUUGGAUGAGUGCCAAGUAUAUUGUUCUGUCCUAAUUUAGUUGUCAUAUUUUAACUUCAAAUUAUAUGGAAUAUCGUAUUGUUUAAUUUGGGUGAGUGCCGAACAAAGUAUCCUAAUAACCAAGAAAAUUGGUCGUGGGUUGCUGGAUGCUGAUCAUGCAUCCUUUGUGUUGGAUAUCAACCUAAGUCUCAUAUGAAAUAGAUAAGAAAGUGUUGCAUUUUUUUUAUUGAUAUUUUUAAGUGUUAACCUACUUCAUUAGUAUCUUGCCUUUUGAAAAGAUGGUUAAAAAACGAGC